AUGAUCGUACGACAGAGAAUGGCGCCGAAGAAGAAACCUCAGAAGAAUCAAACCAACAACAAACCGGUUGCUUCUUCAAUACCAAAUUCGAGCCACAAGAAACCAUCUAAAGUCCCAAAGCUUCUGAUUUCGCCGGAGGACGAGGAACGGCUACGGCAACUCUUGCUCAACUUUCGCCGGAACUCUUCUCCGGUUAGGGUUCCUAUCCAAACUGCGUUCUCCGAGGCUCAGAAAAAGAAGAAACUCUUAAAUCUCUACGAGAAACUCUCUUGCGAAGGGUUCUUAAAUGAACAGAUUGAAUCCGCUCUCUCCUCUCUAAGAGAUGGUGCUGCGACGUUUGAGACUGCGCUUGAUUGGCUCUGUUUGAACUAUCCGAGUCACGAGUUGCCAUUGAACUUUUCUACUGGAUCUUCUCGCUUUCCUAAUACAGGAGGUUCUGUGAGUGUGAUAUCGAACUCAAGGAAAGAUUGUAGUGUGAUAUCGACUUCAGGGGAAGAUUGUAAUGAGUGUUAUGAGUCUACUGCAGUCCAGGAAAAGCAGGAGGAGGAGCCUGAAGUUUUAGUUCGAGUGAAGGGGAAGCGAGAUGAAGAAGACACUCUUAGUUCUUGUCAAUCAUCUCAGGCUGAUUGGAUCCGUGAGUACAUGAGAAGACUUGAAGAGGAAGAAAUGGAAUCUUCUGAUGAUAAGGAGGUGCCUGGUCCAAGGCCUUUCGAGGUGAUUGCUGAAGACUAUUGUUCGGAAAGAUCUGAUGCUGUAAAAGCAAAGAGGAAAGGCGAUAAAAGGGGACAGAAAGAAGCAGGCCUAGCCAUUUGCAAGCCAAGGAAGAAAGGGAUACCAAAAGCAAUGUUGGAACCUGAGUUUCUGCGUGAACAAUCUUUUGAAGACGCUACAGAAACUGAAGUAACCUCCCCCAUGCCUGAUGACGCUGUCUGUAUUCAGCUGUUAGAUGACUUAAACUUGGGUGCAAAUCCUGUUGGGAGCUGUAAUUCUGAGGAAACACAACCUAAAGCUCUUCCCUUAAGUUCCUCAGGACAAGAAUUAGUUAUGUCGGAUGAUAUUUUAGAAGACAUGGAGCUUGGUGACUUGUUCUUAGAAGAUGUUCCGCCUUAUGAACCUUCUCCACAUGAACUCCUGGAAUUACAUAAGAAGGAAACUAAGAGAGAACUAUGCGAUGAGAGAAAUAUUGCGAAACUAAAGGGUAUCUGGAAAAAGGGUCAAGUACAAAAGAUCCCAAAGGCAAUUCUCCAUCAACUGUGUCAAAAGUCAGGGUGGGAAGCACCAAAGUUCAAUAAAGUAACUGGUGAAGAAAACAAUAUCUCAUAUACUAUAAGUGUUAUGUGUAAAUCCAGUGGAUGUGGUAAAACCAGAGAAGCCGGGGGUCUGGUAACUAUUAAACUUCCUCAUCAGGUUGAGGAUUUUGAAUCCAUCGAGGAUGCGCAAAACAGAGUUGCGGCAUUUGCUCUCCACAAGCUGUUUUCUGAUUUGCCUGUUCACUUUGCAAUCACUGAGCCUUAUGCCUCUCUAGUUUUGACAUGGAAACAAAAGGAGUCGUUGGGUAUACAAAGCAGUGAAGAAGGACGAAGAGCAAAGUUUGUUGAUAGCUUGCUUCAGGCAGAUAAUUUCAGGCCAAACACUUCGUCCAGUGGCAUACACAAGGCACAUCCAAUGGUAGACUCCUGUGUCAAAGAGAUUGAUGACUUGAAUGUUAUCAAAUCUAACCAUAGAGCUAAAACAGGCUUUUCUAUGGAAGCUGAAUGUUCUUAUCUCAAACGAAAACAAGAACGCAAUAAGAAAAUCCAGAAGUACAAGGACAUGUUGAAAACUAGAGCUGCUCUUCCAAUAUCUGACGUAGUGGGAUGCACUAAGACAACAAGUGUUGGUCUUAGAAUCGAAGAUACAAGUUUGCAAGCGACAAACUUGAAGAAAAGGCUCUGGAAUCGAUAAAGCUCAAAAACUCGAAGACUUUGAUUAAUAAUAAUAGUAAAAAGUUGUGUCUAAAACAUAUUUCCUAAGGUUCUUUAUAUAGAGAAAGUCUAAAGCAUAAAAUAGGUAAUUCCUAGAAAUAAGGAAAGUUACUAGGAUCCUAAUUAGAAAAGGAAAUAUCUAAAAGGAUUACAGAUCUAAAAUGUGAUAUCAUUUUGACUAAAUUUGAUUAGAUAAUUUUAUGGUGGAAAGAAAUCGAUCACUAUCU